AUGCAAUGCAAUCAUUGUUCGUGGGAAACAUUCAAUGGAACGUGUGCAAGUGGUGACGAGGUCAUUCUCAUCAGGUUGGCUCUCUACGGCAGAAUGAUGGCCGGGAAGUGCAUCACAUCCAAGUACGCCGAAGCAAUGGGCUGCAGAUCAGACGUCACAUACCACCUGGACGAGAAAUGCACAGGUCGACAGAACUGCAGCGUUCUUGUGGCGACGUUGGAUCAGCUGAGGCAGCCGUGCGCCAAAGAUUUCAAACUCUACCUUCAGAUCACUUACGAAUGCGUCAAAGUCUAUGGGGAAUUUAUUUUAUUAGCUGAGGCUUUAAAACUCUUAAAACUACAAAUUUACAUAAACUCUCACAUAUUCUUUCACAUAAGCUUUGUUCACACAUUAAGAAAAAUUGAUAUGUAUGCAUAUUUCACUGUAAGCACGUUGCCGUACGAAUCUUAA